CGUGGUCCAGCAUCACUCACUUGCGCUCGACAAAUGACUUCAGAUAGCGGCGAAGAGAAGACAGCAGAAGAAGGCACGAUGACGAUAGAUGAGAGAAAAGCAAAAAUGGAGCAGCUAAGAGCGAAGAUGCGUUCAACAACGAAAGCGAAUCGCGCCUCCCUCAUUGAAGAGUCUUCCAAAGCCAAGAUGACAGCGAGGGAUACUGCACGGCUAGAACGACAGCGGAAACUUGCAGAGGUGCUGCGCACGCAGGCUGAAGCUGAGGAUCGGGGAGAGGAUGUGGAACGGCAGAAGAAUUGGGAAUGGACGAUAGAAGAGAAUGAUAAUUGGGAAAAGAAAAAAGCGAGGAAGGCACGGAGAGCGGACUAUGAGUUUCACGAUGAUGUUCACGCGGCUCGACGGCGCUACAAGAAAGACCUUGACCUUAUCAAACCCGACCUCGUUGCAUACAACCGACAGAAAGAAGCCGUGCUGGGAUUGGCACCAGGGUCUCUUUCAAAGUCUGGGAGCAGCACGCCAUCAUCAUCUGCUCUCACAACCUUCCAUCCUUCAGGCGGACAGGUGGUUCCAUCUGAACAACGGAUGGCUGCAGAGAGCUUUUACCGAGAUGCCAAUACUCUGCUGUACGCCGACAACAAGCCUACUGAAGAUGCCAUCGAUAGAGUGGUUGGCAAGAUCAACAGAGAUAUUGACAAGAAGGGCAAAUUCUCGCGAAAGAGACUCAAUGAGGAUGAGGGCGACAUUACCUACAUCAAUGAGCGGAAUCGGGUGUUCAACAAAAAGAUUGCGCGGUACUAUGACAAAUAUACCUCCGAGAUUCGGGCUAGUUUCGAGCGGGGAACAGCACUAUGAUCAUGGACCGCAACAAUGCUAUUUAAUCCCCUCGCUGCACAUGUACUCAGACCAUAUACAUCUACUCAAGUACUCGCAUCCUGUAACAUUAUUAAGAUUUAUACUAUUGACACUGCACGACACAACUCGGGA